UCUCUAAUCGAAAGGUAAUCCGGUUCUUUGUCUCAUGCAUGUGAGUGAUCUCUGUUCAAUUUGUUCUGAUUGCAAUUUCUUCUUCUUUUUGGGUUUGUGCGGUUUGAUUUAGUGUAUCGGUGGCGACGGAGAUCUCCUCUACGGUGCGGGAGCUCUCCUCGACGGCGACGGAGCUCUCCUCGAUGGCGAUAAAGCUGUAUGUCGGUGGCGACGGAGCUCUCUCACAGUGACUCUCCUCGAAUCGAAGGUAAAGCUUCUGUUGUCUCAUGUUCUGAAAUUUUUUUUAAUUUUUCAUGGAUCAAAAUCGAUUUGUUGUAUGGAUGGAUCAAAUUUGAUAUGUUCAAAAAUCACUGAUAAAAUCGUUUUGUAUAAGUUCUGACUUGUUGUUUGAGUGUGUGGGUUUCUCAAAUACAUUGUUGAUCAAGUUAGUAGUCUCUGACUUCCGGUUUCUCUGUUUGUAUGUUUUCAAUCUCAACGAUCCACGGUGCAAGAGGAAGGAACCUCAAAGCAGAAGAGUGCAAAGCAGAGCAAUACAGAACUCCAAAGCAAGAGACUUGCAAUGCAGACAUCAAAAACUCAAGGUUCUUGACAAAGUCUCUUUAACACCUUUAUGUCUUAAAUAUUAUUAAUUUUAUCUCAAGAGACCCUUAAUGGAGUUGUGGGAUAAUGAUGCUCUAACCUCCUUAUUUUGGGCCGAGGUAAAUGAAGAAAAUAGACACGUCAUUCCUUCGUAGGUGCAGACUACGAUGAUGAAGUUCAAACGACGUUGCUCUUAUGAGUUUAAUUUUGUUUUACCUUCUCAAGAAGAGGCUCGGGAAGUUCAAAGGAGAGUGUGAACUGUGAAGUCAACAAGAGUUUCAGAAGAAGAAGAACUAAGUUUAGCAUAUUUUAUGCAUAUGGAAGCUCGCAGGAGUUUGGCCCAUGUAAUUAGUUCUCGUUACUGAUCACAUCAUCCUUUUUCUUCUUAUUUCUUUUCAUCGAUUCUAAAACUUUAUCUGCAUUUGAUUGUAUGUCGAAGAUGAACUCUCAGACUUCGUAUGGAGUUGUAGGGAAUCCCAACGAGGAGAAACGAGUUAUAGAAAAAGCAAGGAGUUUGCUCAACUGGUUGACUGAACGGAACUUUGACAAGAUAAAGGAUGAGAUCGUCCAGACCAUUAUAAGAGCGUCCCCCUCUGCUUUCGUUAUCAAGUCUCUAGUGUGUUUCAUUUUAGAUAUGGCGAUGGUGGACAGUACUGCCAAUGUCUUAUUCGCUCGUCUAUCAGUCCAUCUUUUUCAAUCCCUUCCCCCUUUCCCAUCAGCUGACCGUCACGGCGAGAUUACCACUUUCGAGAGGCUCUUCUUGUGUAAAUGCCGAAUGGAGCUUGAACACUCAUCUCCUGAAACUGAUAGGCAUGCACCACUUGUUUACGUUGACGAAUCUGACUGUUGGAGAUUUAUCAAGACCGUGCGUCUCUUGGCUGAAAUCUUCAAGAAUAGGAUGCUCUCCCAAACUACUCGCCAAAGUAUUAUUCAGGUGCUCAUGAAUCCCAUCUUCCCACCUGAGAGGAACACCGAUUCAAUGAAUUGUUUUCUGUCCUUUGUUGGAGUUCUAGCUGACUUUAAAUUUUGUGAUGAAAAUUUCAAGCAGCUAGUGCAAAAUUCACGGGCUGUAGAGCUGGAGAGCAGUUACAAUGAACAAGUCACGCUUAGGAAGGAAGCAGAAGAUGCACUUGCUAGAAAUGAAGGAGAACUAGAUUUGAUGAAACGGCUACUCGAAUCUUACAAGGAAGACAAAUGUAAAUUGCAUUUACAUGCUCAAGGUUUGGAGCAAGAGUACCAAAAUGAGUCAAAGCUUCGGAAAGAAACAGAAUGUGCGCUUGCAAUAGAAAGGGAGAGCAUUGCCAAGGUAAGGCUUCGACUGGAAACUCUGGAGAACGAGCACAAUAACUUGCGGUUGAAAGCUGAGGAGCUCGAGAGCAACUACACGGACGAGCUGAUUCUCAGGAAAGAAUCAGAAGUUUCACUUGAUAAAGAAAGGAAUGAGUUGGAGGCGAUGACGCAAGUGUUUGAAACUUGUAAGAUAGAACAAGAGAACCUGACCUCGCAGGUCAGAACUUGGCUGGACAAAUACGACCAAGAGUUGAGCGUUAGGAAAGAAACGGAGGAUUCUCUUUCUAGACAAAAAGAAGAGCUUGAGAUAGUCAAAGGACUACUAGAAGCAUACAACCAAGAAGCAGAUGCAAUGCGAGAAGAGAGGGAUAGUGCUCUCCAAACAGUACAAGAGCUCACAAGAAAGCAUUUGGAAGAGCGUCAACCACCGCCCUCGUUUUACUGCCCUAUCACACAAGAGGUGAUGAAAGAUCCACACUUUGCUGCGGAUGGAUUUACAUACGAAGCAGAAGCUAUAAAGAAAUGGUUUAGCACAGGUCACGAAACGUCACCCAUGACAAAUCUCCAGCUUCCUCAUCGCAACCUUGUCCCAAACCGCGCUCUCCGGUCUGCUAUUCAAGAUUUGAUUUGAGUUGCUUUUCAUUCCGGUUUACUAUAAAACUGAAAUUUUGUUUCUCUCUAUUUUGCCAUCUGGUUUUUUGGUACUCUACUAUUUUAGUUUUUCCAUAAACCAUAAAUAUGGCAACUUUUCUCUCCUAAUUCCCAAGACAGUAUUUUUGUCUUUAAAACGAGAAAAGAUAAGACAAGGCAAAAGCUCCAAAUAGAAACUCUUAAAACUGAACAUGAUAGCAUGCGUUUCAAGGCCUCUGAGGAGUUUAUGGCGAUGAAGCAACUGCUUGAAACUUGCAAAAGAGAACAGGAGAACCUGAAUUCACAGGAGAACUAGCCUUAGAGAGGGAACAGAGCCAGAGGAUGCUCUUUGUAGAGAAAUGCAAGAGUUUUUUGACGUACUCAAUGGGCUGAUUGAAUGAAUAUAUUACAACAGAGAAGCAGAUGCGAUGUGAGAAGAGGGGAACAAUGCACUCGAAGAGAUCUCAACAAUAGCAAAAAGGAAGAGUGUCAACCUCCACCAUCGUUUAUUUACCCAUAUCUAUCUCACAGGCAAAACCCAUAUCUUUACAAGAAGAUUACUUGCACAACACUCAAUUUCGUAAGUAGCCUAGGUAGUAAUAUGCCAAGUUACUAUGUGUUGCUUACUUUCAUAGAUGUUGCUAAUCGAAAAUUCGAAACCAUUGACAAGUACUCCAAAUGGCAUUUCCAUAUAUAUAAUAUAAGUGCGCUUGCUGUCACUUCAUCAAGAAACAAAGUAGAAAUUUAGGAAGAUCACAUAAUAUGUCUGCUUCAUCGGCGGAUAGAGUUUACGAGGAAGACUGUUAUUAAAACUAUUACAUGAUUCAA